CCAGGGAAACCCUAGCAAACGCAUCAGAACAUAUACACUAUUGAUUUCCCCUUUGCCACUAGCUACUGCGAUCUGCCUUUUGAAGUUUCUAGAUGGGUCGAGACCGUCGAGGCUGGAGGCCUUUCAGAAAAUUUCAGAGCCGGGAAUCGGUCGGUCCUAGAUAUUUAUUGAUGCCGGUCAGAAAAUUUCAGAGCAGUGAAUUGGAAGAAAAAUAUAGAGUUACGGACAUAGAAGUUGAUGAUCAUCCAACACCAGAGCUCCCAAGUGAGAUCAUAUUCACGCAUAUACUCCCAAGGCUACCUCCCAAGUUCUUAAUAAAGCAGUGCAGCAGCGUAUGCAAGUCAUGGUCCUCUCUCAUCCGCCACCAUUCCUUUGUCACUGCUUACCGCAACUUUCAGUGCAGCAAGGGUACUACUAACCUCCUUUUACGGAAGGGGGAUCGUUUCUUCUCCUCCCAACUAAACCAAGAAGGGAAUCUAACACCCGCCACCCGCCUUUCCACCAUUGAUAUUGAACCGAAAUAUUAUUACUCCGGGGUAAGAAGUUUGGAUGGCUUACUGGUUAUUGGAUCCGAUGGUGAUGGCCCUGUUACCAUAUCUAAUCCUUCCACUGGAGAGUCUAUCCAACUGCCCCAUGAAAAAAUCGACCGCAAGAUAUGCCCGACAUAUUACAUUGGGUUCAGUCCAUUUACAAACGAGUAUAAGGUUCUCCAAAUCUUAUUGGGUUUUGAUGAAAAAGAGGAUACUAUUAUUACGUUGAAUAUUUUUACACUUGGUAUGGAUUAUUCAUGGAGGCCAUUACAAGUAGACGUUGGCGAUCUUCCUUUUGAUCUCCAACAUCCCCCCUUUGACAUGAGAAGUGACAGGAGAAGUGUGUGUCUUCAUGGGGCUAUCCACUGGCUACACGAGCAGAGUCAAAGUAUAUUAGUAUUUGACCUCGGCGACGAGGCAUUCAGAGUUAUUCCGCUUCCUCAGGAGUAUGAUUAUACUAGAGAAUGGGAAUGGAAUGAUUAUAGUCCGGAUCUUCCUAUAGUUGAAGUGGGAGGAUGUGUGGGAGUGUUUGUUGACAACUCGCAGAAACAAAACCCGUUAUGGAUUUUGAAGGACUACCAAAACCAUGUGUGGGUUAAGGAAACUAUUCCCGUACUGUCGACAGUGAGACGAUACCAUGAUAGGUGGAAACUUGAUUGUUUCGGUACAAUUGGCGCAGGUGAUGACCUACUGCUUGAGGUCACUGUGUUUGGAUUUUCACCGGGAUAUGAUGACUCCCCACCUGAAUAUUAUCUUUAUAAUAUGAAGAGCAAACAUGAGAGGACACUUGAUUUUACUUUUCCUACAGGGAUGCCUUCUGUCUAUGACUAUCCAGAAGGACCAAUGAAGUUGAUUGCUAGUUAUGAAGAUAGCAUCAUCCCCCUUAAGCUUCACAACAGUGUCACAGAAUCUUGAGAGGAGAUGAAUCUCGUGUUGGAAAAUAAUAAUAAUUAGAUUCAGGUGUAUUGUUUGGGUUUAGGCCUCUUCCAUCCGAAUUACUGAAGUCAAAGAUGUAGCAUCUUCGGUUCAUAUAGCAUUCUUGACAAUUCCAUAUUUCUUUGUUUAAUAAAGUUUUAUAUUAAGUUAGUUCGUUGUAUACUCUAAUUUAUCCUCCGAUGGAAGGCUGGAAUGUAACCAGUUCGAGCU